AUGACCCGAACCCAUUCCAGUGCAAUAAAGGCUGUUGGAGCUCAGGCUAAGAUAACCUUCACCAAGGAACCAUACUCACAGGAUGCCUUGCAUGGUCGUAGUGCUAUCUUGCGCUGUGAAGUGGAAGAGCCAAGUGAUAUUGCGUUUGAGUGGCUACAAAAUGGUGUCCCUGUUCAAGACACAGAACGCCGAUUCAAGGAAGGGAGCAAUCUUCAGUUCACCUCUGUUGAUCGGCAACAAGACAGUGGAAACUUCCAGUGUGUGGCCAGGAAUGUAGUGACUGGAGAAGAAGCACAGACAACAAAUGCCUCUUUCAACAUAAAGUGGAUUGAAACGGGGGGAGUUGUCUUGAAGAACCCAGCCAGGGUAGAAGAUAUACAAAGUUCUGCUCCAGUGACAUUGCGCUGCCAUAUUGAUGGGCAUCCACGCCCAACAAGUCAGUGGUUCCGGGAUGGCGCCCAGAUCGUAGACGAUCGUACCAACUAUUUGGUCAGCAACAAGGAACGAACAUUGACUCUCAAGAGCGCCAGCCCAGAUGACAACGGGAACUAUUACUGUUGUGCUCGGAAUGCUGUGGCCUUUGUGUGCAGCAGUAGCAACUUCAGUCUGAGCAUCAUAGAUGAAAGCUUCCCUCGUCCAGUGAUUGUUCCUGAGAACCAAAUUGUCAGUAAGAAUGAGGAGGCCAUGUUCCAUUGCAAGUUUCAAGCUGUCCCACCUCCCACCCAGGAAUGGUUAUUUGAGAAUGAAGCUGUUGUUUCCAAUCGGACUAAACCUUCCCAAAGACCUGUGGUCUUUUCCAAUGGUUCUCUGCUGAUACCUCAAGUGAAAGGACGCAAUGUUGGAGUCUAUAAAUGUGUUGGUCGUGGGCAGAGGGGCAAGCCAGUUAUCUUGGAAGCAACCCUGCAACUGGCAGAAAUUGCAGAUUUCUCCCAACCAUUUGACCCAAAGAUUUUCAUAGCCAACAAAGAGCAGCGUGUGACCUGUGUGGCCCCUCAGGGGGUCCCUGAACCCCAGAUCUGGUGGGAGCGAAACAGUGUUCGGAUCCCCACAACUGGCAGAGUGCGCCAAGAAGCUGAGGACCUUGUAUUUGCUAGCCUUGGAGAAAAGGACGCGGGCAUAUACACCUGUCAUGCAGUGAAUAAGGCCGGAGAAAAGAAGCAGGACCUGACCGUCACAGUGGCCACAAUGCCAAAAUGGGUGGAAAAGCCCAAGGACAGUCAGCUAGAAGAGGGUAAACCAGGCUACCUCCAUUGUCUCACUAAAGCCUCUCUGAAGCCCACGGUCAACUGGUUUCGCAAUGGCAUCCCCAUUUCUGAGGAUUCCCGCUUUGAAAUUGCUGAGAAUGGAUCACUCCGUAUUAACAGUGUAGAAGUGUAUGAUGGAACUGUUUUCAAGUGUGUGAGCAGCACUCUAGCUGGAAGUAUUGAGGAACAAGCUCGCGUCCAUGUUCUGGAGAAGCUGAAGUUUACUCCUCCUCCUCAGCCCCUGCGGUGUGUCGAGUUUGAUAAAAAUGCCACUGUAUCCUGCUCAGCCAGAGGCCGAGAAAAGCCUACAAUCCAGUGGAUUAAAACUGAUGGGACCAGCCUGCCCGCUUGGGUCAGUUACAACACUGGAAGCCUGCACUUUCAUAAAGUAGCAAGGAGUGAUGCUGGGAACUACACUUGUAUUGCUUCCAAUGGCCUGCAGGGCGAGAUCAGAGCAACAGUGCAUCUGACAGUAGCAGUUUUCAUAAGCUUUAAGCUGAUGCCAGAGGAUACAACCGUCUAUCCAGGACACACAGCGAUGUUCCAGUGCCAAGCUGAAGGUGACCCCCUGCCACAAAUCCAGUGGAAAGGAAAGGACCGGAUUCUGGAGCCUGACAAAUUCUCACCCAGGAUCCAGAUUAUGCCCAAUGGCUCUCUGGUGAUAUAUGAUGUCACCACUGAAGACUCGGGCAAGUAUACCUGCAUUGCUGGCAACAGUUGCAACAUCAAGCAUCAUGAGGCCUUUCUCCACGUUGUGGACAAACCGGUAGCAGAACGGGGUGAUGCACCGAGCAGCCACACACCCUAUAAAAUGAUCCAAACCAUAGGGCUCUCUGUUGGAGCUGCAGUGGCAUACAUCAUCAUUGUCCUGGGCCUCAUGUUUUACUGCAAGAAGAGGCGGAAGGCAAAGAGACUGAAGAAGCAGCCAGAGGGCGAGGAGCCGGAGAUGGAAUGCCUGAAUGGGGGCAUUUUGAUGCAAAAUGGACAGACCACUGCUGAGAUCAAAGAAGAAGUGACGCUGACCAACCUUGGCAGCAGCUCUGCGGCCAACAAGAGGCACAGCACCGGUGAUAAGAUGCACUUCCCCCGCUCCAACUUGCAGGCAAUCACUCCUCUGGGGAAGGGUGAGUUUGGAGAAGUCUUCCUGGCUAAAGCAAAAGGCAUUGAGGACAGCGAAGCUGAAGUACUUGUUUUGGUGAAGAGCCUGCAAACAAGGGAUGAACAGCUCCAACUGAACUUCAGGCGCGAGUUUGAGAUGUUUGGCAAACUGAACCACAGCAAUGUGGUGCGGUUGCUUGGCCUUUGUCGGGAAGCAGAGCCUCACUAUAUGGUUUUGGAAUAUGUGGAUCUGGGAGACCUGAAGCAGUUCCUGAGGAUUUCCAAGUCCAAAGAUGAAAAGCUCAAGCCCCAGCCUAUUAGCACAAAACAGAAGGUAUCCUUCUGCAGUCAAGUGGCCUUGGCAAUGGAGCAUCUCUCCAACAACAGAUUUGUACACAAAGACCUCGCAGCUCGGAAUUGUCUUGUCAGUGCACAAAGGCAGGUGAAGGUGUCGAGCCUGAGCCUCAGCAAGGAUGUUUACAACAGUGAGUACUAUCACUACCACCAAGCCUGGAUCCCACUCCGCUGGAUGCCCCCUGAAGCUGUCUUAGAGGAUGAAUUCUCCACCAAGUCCGACGUUUGGUCCUUUGGGGUCGUCAUGUGGGAGAUAUUCACACUGGCAGAAAUGCCCUAUUCCAAACUGGCAGAUGAAGAGGUGCUGGCAGGGCUACAGUCUGGGAAGAUGAAGCUUCUCCAUCCAGAAGGUUGCCCCUCCAAGCUUUAUAAGGUGAUGCAGCGCUGCUGGGCUCCCAGCCCAAAGGACCGACCAUCUUUCAGCGAGAUCGCCAACAUGCUUGGAGAAAGUCCCUCUGAAAGCAAGGCCUGAACAGGGGACUGAUGGCCCCUGCUCAGUGGUUGGGGUGGGCUAAACCUCAUCUUGGCAUUUUGACUGUUAACUGACUCUCAAAUGGGACCUAAGAGUCGAAACCCAAAGGGACCAUGGAUUUUUACACUAAUGGACAGAGGUCAUGGACAAGAUCUCAUUGACCCGAGGCCUCUUCAGGCCCUAUUCCCCUGGGCCUUUCCCCUGGCUGCCUUCCUCCUGGUUCUACCUCUGGUGUCCACAGGGCUAGUUAGCAACAUUCAAGAAACGGAGGGGAUGCUGGGAACCGCAGCCACAGGGCCGCUUUGCAACAGACCCCUGUGGCAAGGUCUUGGGACUCCUCUGUCUUGGCACAUCGAACCCUUUUCUUUCAUUGCAUCCUUUUCGUAAAAAGCACAGGGAGGAGAGACGUUUCUAGGAGACAGCCUUCUCUUGGGGUGGUUGAGGCACAUGGGGAUCCUCUGCAGCUGGACAGCUGACAAGGAUUUGGGAAAGAGGCACUGAAGCGCCUCGUGCAAGCGAGACGGCAAGUCCCGCCUGCCCAGCCUUGCUGCCCACCUGCACUAUCCUGCAGAUGGGCUGUCAGCUUCCAUGUUCACGGCACCCCAACCUGCGUCUUGUCUUCCACGUGGAGCAGCUCACGACCCCAGAACAUUCUCAGCAGCCCCUUCAGCACUUGAUCUUUUCUGAAGCUUUUGCUUUGAGGGGCUGUCAGGCACAGGGUAUCAGCUGCAUCCGAAAGAGGUCAAGUGACUUGCUCCAUAAAUUUAUCCCUGCCAUUGCAUUGGAAGCAGCCCCUGCACGGGAUCUAGUGUCCAUCACACUGGAAAGGAGGCGCUUCCUUACCCCCACUUAAUAAGGAGUCUGCAUAUUUAUUAAGCAGUAUUUCCAUCUCUCUCCUCCUGGUCCUGCUGGUCUGUCAGGCCUUCUGGGACAUCCAAAAUGAAGCAACAAACCUUAAGUGCCUGGCCUAUGAAGGAGAUUUUCCUGAUUAUUAACAAAACUCAGAAAAAACAGGUAUGCUGGGGGGUGUACAAUCAAAAGAACAUUGCAGUUUAUCCAAACACAAGGGAAAAUGCAUGUGUAGCCAAAAGAGGCUGACUGCAAGAAAAUGGGCUGUACAGGAGGGCUUUUAAAAUAUUUGUCAUGUACACAGUUUGAGGGAGACCAUUUACGCACAAAACUUCAUCUGCAAGGAAAUGACAAAGACAAGAAUAAGAAUAUAUCACAUUAAGAAUAGGCAGAGAUGUAUACAAAAGAAAGAUGCCAGAGGAAGGAGGAAAUUUUCUCAAUACAAAUAUUUUCUUGUUUAGGUAGAUUUUCAGUAGCAAAAAAUUAGGUCCAAUUACAGCAACAAACAGGAAAUAUAUUGCUGCAAUGUAACCUUUUCUUGGGAAGCUGUCGGUCAGGAUUAGCCAAAGUAACACUUUGUCUUAGCAAAAUUGGAAUGCCACUUGCUAUUGCAAACAGGUCCAGUGUUAAAAGCUCCCAAAGAAAGCAUGGCUGUAUUUUGGGGGUAACUAGUCCUUACACUAUCCAAUGCCAUCUUUUUAUAUAAUUAUUUGGGGUAAUGUUUGCUUUCCUUUCUUACCUUUUUUUGUUGUGGCCACUUCUCAGCCUUGGUACUUUUUUAUAUGUUAUUACUGGAAUUGCAGCCUAGAGUCAUUUUAGUUUCAGUCUGCUUGAGCCAAGAGGGGUUCCCCCUCUUAAGAGGCCCAACAUUUAUUGAUGACAUAGUGGAAUCCUGCAGUCAGAGGGUCUCUUUGCCACUGCUCUGCUAAUACUGAGGGCCGUGGCGUUUUUCGUUGGAACUGCGCAUUUAUUAUGCAGUAGCCGAGUCCCUGCUUCACCCCACCCCAUGCUCACAAAACAGCACCGUGAUCCGGUAGAGCACAGAGGUUACAAUCCUGCAAACAGGCUGCUUAAAUCUCAGUGACUUUCGUGGGAGUCCAGCAGCCAAAUGAUGUGUAGAAUUGGAACCCAAGUCCAUAUAAUGCCCUCUGGAUACGUUGCCCUUUUUUGAACUGUUUACGUAAAGUACACGUAAUAAAUUAAGACUUCUGCUACACUGAUUUCCACGGGCAAAAUGUCCAUUGGAAACGGCUUGAUUCAAUUUCAUCUUGCACAUGCAUAAAGGAAAAUGGAAGGAGUUGUCCUUUUUGAAAGUGCCAUGCUUGUAUUUCAUAAUAUAAUAAUAAUAACAAUAAUAACAACAAUAUACAGUGAUUGUAUUUAAGACAAUAUUUUAAGGUAAGGAUUUUCAGUGACAUCAGAGAUGAACAAAUACCCAGCUUUCAGUGGUGGCUAUGCAGCAAAUUCCCAUAAGACAGAAAUCUUCUCCAACAUGCCCAAGAACAGUCCUAUUUUAACACAAGUGAAAUUAUACUAGAGUUUGAUCUGCAGCUGGAAAUGCUGCCUGAACAGGGUACUUUUGGAUUUGACAUUUAAAAAAAGGAGCAUGGAAAAAUAUUUGCCACAUUUUUGUUGGAUGCUGUUUGCCUGAAGGAGGAAGGGGUUUUACUGCAUGGGGUAUAGGAAUUUUCUGGAUGCUUUUAGGGAAAU